UUAACCGUAACAUCUCGUUGGGCGAAGAAGACAGCAGUAAACAAAAAUGGCGAGAGGAUCAAGCGCCGGAUUUGAUAGACACAUUACUAUAUUUUCGCCUGAAGGACGACUUUAUCAAGUCGAAUAUGCCUUCAAAGCUAUCAACCAAGGUGGUCUUACCUCCGUAGGCCUCAAAGGAGUCGAUACAGCUGUUGUGGCAACACAGAAGAAAGUUCCGGACAAGUUGCUGGAUUCCUCAACUGUGACGCACUUGUUCAGCCUGACGGACAACAUCGGCUGCGUCAUGACCGGCAUGAUCGCGGACAGCAAGUCCCAGGUGCAGAGAGCGCGGUAUGAAGCUUCCAACUGGAAGUACAAGUACGGCUACAGCAUCCCGGUGGACGUGCUGUGCCGUCGCAUCGCGGACAUCUCGCAGGUGUACACGCAGAACGCGGAGAUGAGGCCCCUGGGCUGCAGCAUGAUCCUGAUCGCCCACGACGCGGAGCACGGCCCGUGCGUGUACAAGACGGACCCCGCGGGCUACUUCUGCGCCUACCGCGCCAUCAGCGUGGGCGCCAAGCAGACCGAGGCCAACAGCUACCUGGAAAAGAAGCUCAAGAAGAAGCAGCAGUACUCCUCCGACGAGGCCAUCCAGUUGGCGAUCACCUGCCUCUCCACGGUGUUGUCCGUGGACUUCAAACCGUCCGAGAUAGAGGUGGGGGUGGUGUCCAAGGAUAAUCCCAAAUUCAGGGUGCUGGAUGAUCCAGAGCUGGACAGGCAUCUCACUGCCAUCGCUGAGAAAGACUAGUCCGAGGAACAACACGACAUUGUGCACGUUAAUUUUUUUUUGUCUGCCACUGUACUAUCUACAAUGUAACUCAAUAAAUGAACCGGACUUUCUCA